GGAUGCGUGCGUUGAAGAGCGUUUAGAAGGUCGGUGCCUUCUUAAAGACUACUCGAACGGUACAGCUAGCCUGCGUGAAGCUCAAGUGCCCGUCCGACCAUCGUGCUGUGAUACCUCGUCAUCUAACACCGCUGGUGACACGCCCUCAGGUGGGGCGGGCGGGUUCACUAGCAGACUGAGUGCGCAUGCGUAAUAGAAGUCUUUACUAACCCAGCACUAAAACACCCAUCCCCCAUUCUCCAUCAAACGUCGCUGAAAUCGCCUCCGGAACGACAACAAUAAUCGACUAUCAGCGAAAGCGACUCCUGGAGUAGGCCUCCAAAUGGAAUGCCGAUGGAUGAUUGUGACUGCUGCGGUCCUGCUAGUCCUGCCUGCUGAUAUUUCGUCACUGGAGGAGGAUCCUGGAAUUUCGAUACCGAGUGACCAGGCAGUAUAUGGACUCCGGGAAAGCCCUUCAGGAAACAAGCUAACCUUCAGCUCUGGCGAGCAGUAUGAGCCGUCUGCACAGCUGUCUUUCAAGGAUGACUCUUCAGUUUCGAAUUGCGGGGAUGAAUUGGACCACCUCGCCAUGCACAAUUCUGCGAUUCAGAGCACCGAACCAAUAUACGAAAGCGUUGAUAAAGAUGCGCCCAUCGCUAUAAAUAUUCAGGGCGUAAACAAUGCACCGCAGUACGUAGAAACUGAAAAGAACUGCAGCGGACGUUGCGAUACGGGUGCUGAAGUGAGAGCGGAUACCAAAGUUGGCUCGCCUUCUGCCGUAAGAAACCUUACCGUGAACCAAACGGUGCCAGGAGAAGUCGUAUACAGCUGGCAGCGGCCCGACGUUCCAAAUGGACCUCUGGAUGGAUACAUCGUAACCACUGGCAACCUCGAGACGAAAAAAGUGCUCAUCACCGAAGUACCUGGCAAUGCAACUGAACUCGUACAAAAGACCAUCGAGCAGUACACGGAAUACAAAGUUGAUGUCCAGGCCUACAACAUCAUGAAUCCCUACGGACUCAAGCAGGCUGGUCCCGCAGCAAGUGUCCAGUUUCAGAGCCUUGGAAAAGGGCCAAUACCUCCAAUACCUGAGCUUGGGGACACCUUCGAGCACGAGGUGUUGGUAAACUGGACCGAACCUACAGAUCUCCGAUACAACGUCACGAACUACGUUCUGCGCCUGGAGAAAACAGCCGUGAAUAUUACAGUUAAAAAGACGAGCAUCUGGUUGGAAAGCCUCGAGACGUGGCAUUCCUAUACGGCAUCGGUUUCUUCAUGCACAGCUAGCAAUACCUGUGGCCCACCAAAGAAGCUAUACUUCCAAACGGACGUCGGAGCCCCCGACAUACCGAGGAAUCUAACGAACACCAGUGUGACCCGAUUCGGCAUUGGACUAGCCUGGAACAGUCCUGAACAAGUCAGAGGACCCCUUGACGGCUACAAGGUCACAUUCACCAACAGCUCGAAGGCCUUCGGCGUGAUCACGAAAGAUACGAAACUCACCGUCGGCAACUUAUCUGCGGACUGCAUCUACAAUAUAUAUGUAUCGGCCUUUAACCAUGGUGCGCACCAGACCAAAGAAGGGCCGGCGGCUGUGAUACAAGUGAAGACCUUGUAUGGACCCAAGCCUUCCCCACCGUGGUUCAGCGUCACCACGAUAACGCUGAUGGUUGUCGUUCCUGUGGUGUGUUUUGUUCUUCUCUCGGUUUACGUGGUGUACAAGCAGCUGCUGAAGAAAAGAGAGGACGAAGAGUUACUGGCUUCUUCACAGUCGUGAACCAUCACAGACUUUCGACAGAUUCAAGCAAGUCUCGUCGACGUGUUUUGUGUGCGUGCGCGAAGGCACGAGCGUGAUUGUGAUGUGACUGGGUGAAAAGAACUUUAGCGACACCUGGGCACUGCAAUUGGGAAUAGCUGUGGUAUGAACUGCCAUUCGCGUCAAGCUAUUCUGGCCUGCUGUCGAUGUUCUUCAAGGCAACAAAGCUACAAGGACUCUUUGACGCAAUAGAGCCUUCGGACAAUGAGUUGAAGUGCCAUUUCUAGUUCUAAAAAACAGCACGACGUUCACUGCGUGUACCACAGACAUAU